AUGGCUACUACAGUAGACAAGAUCAAGGACAUCGAGGCGGAGAUGGCAAAGACGCAGAAGAAUAAAGCCACGAGCUAUCAUCUUGGGCAACUAAAAGCAAAGCUUGCAAAACUGAAACGUGAAUUAUUGACACCGCAGUCAAGUGGAGGCGGGGGUGGAUCUGGCUUUGACGUAGCAAGAACUGGUGUAGCAAGUGUGGGGUUCAUUGGGUUUCCGUCUGUUGGCAAGAGCACUCUUAUGAGCAAAUUAACAGGCCAGCAUUCAGAGGCGGCUGCAUAUGAGUUUACCACUCUCACAACUGUGCCUGGUCAGGUUUUGUACAAUGGUGCCGCUAUUCAAAUGCUCGACCUGCCCGGAAUUAUCCAAGGUGCCAAAGACGGUAAAGGGCGAGGUCGGCAAGUCAUUGCUGUGGCGAAGACUUGCCAUCUCAUCUUCAUCGUUUUAGACGUCAACAAACCGCUGACCGACAAGAAGGUCAUAGAGACCGAGUUAGAAGGCUUUGGUAUCCGGAUCAACAAGGAGCCACCAAAUAUCGUAUUCAAAAAGAAAGAUAAAGGGGGCCUUGCCGUCACCAAUACUGUCCCUCUGAGUCACAUAACCCACGAUGAGAUCAAGGCUGUCAUGAGCGAAUACAAGAUAUCUUCAGCGGACAUCGCUAUUCGCUGCGAUGCCACUAUCGACGAUUUGAUUGACGUCCUGGAAGCGAAAAGUCGGAGUUACAUUCCUGUCAUUUAUUCAUUAAAUAAGAUCGACUCGAUCACCAUUGAGGAGCUUGAUCUGAUUUAUCGAAUUCCCAAUGCGUGUCCCAUCAGUGCAGAACACGGCUGGAACAUUGAUGAACUUCUCGAACAGAUGUGGGAGAAGCUGCAGCUUCGUCGUAUAUAUACAAAGCCGAAAGGAAAAGCGCCCGACUACACUGCACCAGUUGUCCUCAGGAAGAACGCGUGCACGGUCGAGGAUUUUUGUAACAGCAUUCAUAAAUCGAUUUUAGAACAAUUCAAGCACGCAAUCGUGUAUGGGCGCUCGGUGAAGCAUCAGCCUCAGCGAGUUGGGCUCUCGCACGAGAUGGCCGACGAAGACAUCAUCACCAUUAUCAAGCGAUGA